AUGGUGAAGCAACGCAUGACGGCACUUGAUGUACGGGCUUCCGUGGAGGAGAUGCGGUCGGAGCUUCUCGGCCUACGCCUACUGAACGUAUAUGAUAUUAAUCCAAAGAUGUUUCUGUUUAAAUUUGGCCACGGCGAAAACAAACGGACACUUUUGCUUGAAAGUGGGAUACGGAUGCAUCUUACGCAACUUGUGCGAGAGAAGCCAAAAGUGCCUUCGCAGUUUACGCUUAAGCUCCGUAAACAUGUACGGGCAUGGCGGCUUGACUCCGUCACACAACUGCAGCAUGAUCGUACGGUAGACUUUCGCUUUGGUGUGGGCGAGGGUGCCUCCUAUCACAUUAUCAUUGAACUCUUUUCGAAGGGCAACGUUGUGUUAACCGACCACGAGUACCGCAUUUUGCUUCUCCUCCGCACACACAAGGAUGAUGAUAUCAAAAUGUUCGUGCGGGAGUUGUACCCCGUGACAAGGCCUUUUGAAGAACAGCAGGAGAAGGAGGUUAUGGCGCAAUCGGAGAGUGGAAAGGAGAAGGAGGAGGAGCAGCGGCGCACAAAAGCGCUACAGCAAGAAUGGCACACCGUCUUUGCUCGACAUGCGGACUAUGAGACCAUACGCUCUACACUUUCUGCUGUGCAUCACUUUGGACCUGCCCUUGCAGAUCACAUUUUGACCGUCACAGGAGUGAAGAAUGUGAAAAAGGGCGAGAUAACGUCGGACGCGGAGACGAUGUUUAAGCUGCUUCUACCUGGAAUGCUACAGGCAUGGGAGAUUACCUUCUCUCCUUUGCCUGGGGGCGGGUAUUUGAUUUCCAACCAUAGGCAGAGGAAAGAAUCUCGCAAAGGUGGCCAAGAAGCCUCAUCCAAAAUUGAAGAAGACAAGUCACAGGCUGAGGAGGAAAAGUCUAUGAAUGUCAACGUGGCUGACGAAUCACAACAGCAGAUGCAGGCUGUGAAGUAUGAUGACUUUAGUCCUGUUCUCCUUGCCCAGUACAGCAGUGACGGUGUGGUGACGUCCUUUUUAAAAAGUUUUGGUAGCGUAUGCGAUGCCUUCUUUCUCUACACAGAGACGGAAAAGAUUGAGCAACACAAUGAAAAGAAGACGACCUCCGUUAUAUCUAAGAGGAAUAAAUUUGAGCGGGAUCACCAGCGUCGUCUGAAUGCACUCGAAAUGGAAGAGCAAGAGAACCAACGUAAAGGGGAAUGUAUCAUUCAAAAUGCGGUAAAGAUUGACGAGGCGAUUGGGCUUAUUAACGGGGCACUUGCUGCGGGAAUUCAGUGGGAUGCGCUGCGCAGCCUAUUGAAGCGACGACAUGCGGAAGGACAUCCAGUGGCGUACAUGGUGCAUGAUCUCUUUCUUGAGCGCAACAGCAUCUCCGUGCUGGUGGAAUCCAAUGAGCAGGAGGAUGAAGGUGAGGAGGACUGCGAUGUGACACCGAUGGUCAUUGAAGUGGAACUUAGUAAAACGGCGUACGCCAACGCGACGACGUACUUUGCGAAAAUGAAAUCCAACCGUAUCAAGUACGAAAAAACCGUCGCUGCCACAGCAAAGGCCUUGGCGGGAGCCGAGAAGAAAGGGGAGCGUCUUGCAGCCAAGCAGAAGACAAAGAAGGCCAUUGUGAAGGAACGACGUCGCUUUUGGUGGGAGAAGUUCUCUUGGUUCCGAACCUCUUGUGGCGACUUUGUGCUGCAGGGGAAAGACCUACAGACGACGGAGAUUCUCAUACGACGUGUCAUGCAAUUGGGUGAUGUCUUUGUGCACUGCGACGUGGAUGGUGCACUCCCUUGUGUACUUCGGCCUAUUGGCUCUGCGUGGACCACCGCCUUUGUGGAGGAUGUAGAAGGCGAUCCUCAGGAGGGUUGUCAGGCAAAGACGUGUCGUAUACACAUGACAAGCCUUGAUGAAGCUGGUGCGUGGUGCGUGAGCCGCAGCUCUGCGUGGGAGGGUAAAUUCAGUGUUGCUGCCUGGUGGGUGCAUGCGUCACAGAUCAACGGAGGUACCGCCAGUGGCUGUUACCUUUUCGACGGGGAAAAGCACUACCUGCGACCACAGCCAAUCACAUUCGCAUGUGGACUUUUAUUCCGCGUUUCCACCCGCCGCAUUGAUCCUAACGACCGUGACGAGUUGCCAAACUUCAUAUCCGAAGGGGAACUUCGCCCACGGCAUUUGGAAGAGGAAGGGGAGGAGGGAGAAUACGGUGCAUUUCUUCCGCCUGAUAGCGCCACCACACUUCAUCCAUUGCCGUCCUUUUGGGAGCUGCGCGGACCGCGUCGUCAUCCACAGCCGCAGCAGCAACGUCAGGGGCGUCAGGCCGCUGAGGGGAAGGCCGCCCAGAAGGGGAUGACGGCUUCGAAAAAGACCACGUCAACCCCGUCAACAACAACAACAACAACAACAACACAAAAAGUAAUUGCUGGGGCCGAGCGAGGAGGAAAAGGGAGUGGUGCCGGUGGUGGCACCAGGGUUGCGUCUGCUCCCUCUCCACAAAAAAGCAUGCAGCAGCUGACAAAGCAUCAGCGGAAGAAGCUUAAGAAAAUUCAGGAGAAGUAUAAAGAUCAGGACGAGGAAGAUCGUCUGUAUGGCGCCCUUCUUAAUGGCAAUCAAAUGUCGAAGGUGCAGCUGGAGGUGCUGGCGCUUCAGCGGGAAAAGGAGAAGCGACAUGAGUUGUUUCCAUCAAAAGCAUUUGAGGAAAAAAACUUUGAUGAAAAGCGAGAAGAGGACGUUGAGGAAGUGACCGAAUUUAUUGAUGAAGAUAAGUCCGGGGAAACUAACAGCCAUAAUGAAUCUUCCAUUUCUUUGCUUCGUAACAACUCAGUUGAUGGGAAAGAGGGGCAUAAAGAGGAGGAGGAGGAGGAAGUGGAGAAUGAGAAACACAAUGCAGGUCAGCCGCAGUCAAAAACACGUGCGGUCGCGACUUCCGUAGAGGAGUCUUGCAUCGCAAACGACGAGGAACUUCGCCGCGAGUGGCAGUACUUUACAUCACAGCCAAAGCCGAUGGAUAACAUUGAGUAUGCCUUGGCUGUUUGUGCUCCAAUGAGUUGUGUAAUCUCAUACAAGUACCGUGCGGAACUGUCAUUUGGGAACGCUAAAAAAGGUCAGGUAACGACUAGUCUUCAGGGGCACUUUUUGGCAAUGACUAAAGGUGUUGAGAAUGCAUCUGAGGUACGUGCCGUGGAGUCGUUGGAUGCAAAUGUUGUGAUGGAACAGCUCCGCGGAAAUUUGAGGUGCCUCACGACGAGGCAGAAAAAAUAG